AUGGCACCAACACCAGAGGAAGUAGCAGCAGACAAGCUUAAACGCAUGGUUCACGAGAGAGGCUCGAAACGAGCGACGAUGACCAGACUCAUCAACAAGAUGGAGGACGUGGUGAAGGAACUUAACGCCGAAGCAGCAGUAGACACAACACUAGACGUCACGAAACUGGAUCAAGUAUUUGCGAAACUUGCACUGGUCCCUACAAAACUGGCAGAGAUUGUGGCUCUUGAUAAAGAUAUCAUCAAGGCCACCCCAACCGACACCGUAGACCACGCGGUGACGGAAGCCGAGGACUAUACGUCAAACGUGGAAGAGAAACACAUCAUUCUGAAGAAAAUCUACGACAGGUUAGCGAGCCCUAAGCAGCCCAAACCCGCGACUCUAGCCCGGACUCCAGCUCCCACAAACACGAGCACAACGCCAACGGUACCGGUAACAAAAAACGUUCAUCUUCCUAAACUCCAACUUUCCACCUUCUCCGGUAACAUCUUAGAGUGGACGACAUUUUUCGACGGAUUUACGGCAGCCAUCCAUAAUAACAACGCACUCGGAAACGUACAGAAAUUCCAAUAUUUACGCGCCCAGCUACAGGGGGAAGCGUCUUUGGCAAUCGCAGGAUUGCAACUAACCGACGCUAACUAUGCGAGUGCGAUUGAACUUUUGAGAGAACGAUAUGGACAGAACCACAAACUAAAAGCAGCCCUCAUGAAAGCCCUCUGGGACCUUCCCAAACCAAGCGAUGAAAUUGACAACGUGAAGAGCUUUUAUGAUCAACUUGAAAGUCACAUCCGUGGCCUACGCGCUAUAGGAAUGGAGGAGAGUUCCUACGGCGACCUACUAGUGCCCCUCAUCAUGGAGAAACUUCCACGCCGACUGAGACAACUCAUCACCCGUGACCAUGGAGCGAGAGACUGGCAACUACAAGAAGUCCGCGAAGCGAUCAAGAGAGAAAUUGACAUUUCAAUUCAAGGAGACGCCAUUCUGGAUCUGUGUAAUGAUUCAAACAUUGGAUAUGCCACACCCACUGCCGCAUUUAGUGUUAACGCCACCAGGAAUACUAGUAUGAGUGAGAAAAAACGCGCGAAAUGUGUAUUUUGUUCUACUGAUAAUCAUCCCAGCGUCCAUUGUAAAAGUGUUACUGAUCCAAAGCGCAGAUGGGAAAUCGUAAAAAGGGCCGAUUUGUGUUUUAACUGCCUUGGCAACCAUCGGGCAAAGUUUUGCAAUUCAACCACCAAAUGCCACAAAUGUAGGCGACGCCAUCAUACCGCACUGUGCGAUUCAUCCCGACAGGCCUCAAAUAGAUCCUCAAACCCUAGUUCAACCGCAAAGCCCUACAAUGAACGGGAACAAGCUAAAACCGCCACAACUGUUCACCAGAAGUUGGUUAACACCAAACCCCUUAUGUUGGGUCCCGCAAUUCUGAAAUCCGCCGUCGCAACCGCAAAAUCUCCGACCCGCUCAACUAAGGUCAACAUCAUUCUAGAUGAAGGGAGCCAGCGCUCCUUCAUCACCGCAAAAUGCGCCAGCAAUCUCGAACUCAAACCGCAAUCUCGAGAGAUGAUAAAAAUAGCACCCUUUGGGGCCAACGCCAAAGCCGUACGUGCGUUGGAUAACGUCAUCGUCCAAAUCGAAACCGCUUCUCGAGUAGAAAACGUUCCCAUGAAAAUGCUCAUCGUCCCGAAGAUUUCAGCACCGAUUAGCACCUGCCCCCAAGCAAUCUUCGCCUUACCACAUCUGAAGAACCUCAAGUUUGCGGAAACCAGCUCCGGGGACUUUAUGGAAAUUGACAUCCUGAUUGGUGCGGACUACUAUUGGUCAAUAGUUGGAGACAAAAUCGUCCGUCCCGCAGAAAACACCCUCGGACCAGUAGCGGUCUCAUCGAAAUUCGGAUAUCUCCUAUCAGGCCCGACUCCCGCCAAUAUCGAAGGUCAACGCGAUGAAUACACGCCCGCACUCCUGACGACCGUUCUAAACGUCCUAGCAAGCCACACCCUUGAAGACAAAAUAGCACAAUCUUACUGGGACUUGGAAACUAUAGGGAUUAAAGACGACACUGAAGAAAAAGAAAGUGACUUUCUACUCAAUUACCGCGACACCUGCCUUGAACGAGACGACAACGGAAAAUACGUAGCCAGACUACCAUGGUUGGACAACCACCCAAUUUUACCCACGAACUACCACGUCGCCAAAGCAAGGACAAGAUCGAUGGUACGGAAAUUAUCGCCUGACCUCCUGAGUAAGUACCAAGAUAUUAUUACCACUCAACUCCAACGACAUUUCAUCGGCAGAGUAGCAAACGACAACAUCAACAUUGGCCACUACUUGCCCCACCAUGCGGUUCUUAAAGAUUCAUCUGCCAGCACCCCAAUCCGGGUAGUAUAUGACGCGUCCUGCAAGAAGUCAAAUGAUCACCCAAGCCUGAAUGAUUGCCUGGACCCCGGUCCAAACUGCCUCAACGAGCUCAACGCCAUACUUCUCCGUUUUAGAAUGCACCCCAUAGGCCUUUCGAGUGAUAUUGAGAAAGCGUUUCUCAAUAUCAGGCUCAACGAAGAAGACAGAUGCUUUACGAAAUUUUUAUGGCUCAGUGAUCCCAGUGACCCCGAGAGUGAUUUCCACACGUACCAGUUUGAAGCGGUCUUAUUUGGAACAGUGUCAUCGCCGUUCAUUCUGCAAGCCGUACUGCACACCCACCUUGACGCCGCAACCUCAUCCCGUAUCGCAGCAGACGUCAAGAACAACAUAUACGUCGACAACGUGGUGACAGGUGUCGCCACUACAGACACCGCCAUGGAAUAUUACAACACCGCAAACGCCAUAAUGAGUGACUGUGGCUUCAAACUCCGCGCAUGGACCUCAAAUGGUGCUACAGUACGCGACCAAGCUCAGGCUGAUGACAUCAACGAAACAAAGACGACGGUCAGUGUCCUAGGCAUGAAAUGGGACACCGGUAGUGACCAACUAUCAUAUGCAAAGAAAGCUGCUCCAUCCCCAGAUAUUCUUCUGACCAAACGCGCAGUCAUAAGUCACAGCUCUAGCAUUUUCGACCCACUCGGAUAUAUUGCCCCCAUGCACAUUAAAGCCAAGGCCUUCCUGCAAGAACUAUGGCAACACGGACUACACUGGCACGAACCCCUUACAACAGAACUGUCUGAAAGGUGGCGCAAAAUCACCAUCGAAUUGGAAGAAGCCAUGAACAUCACUGUCCCUCGGAAAAUAUUGGACAACAUUGACCCGCAAAAUUGUGAACUACAUGCAUUUAGCGAUGCAUCCCCAGCAGCCUACGGAUGCGCCAUCUACCUAAAGAGUGGAACCCAGGCAUCUCUCCUCAUAGCCAAAACCAGAGUCAAACCGCUAAAAGCCACUACCAUUCCUCGCAUGGAAUUAAUUGCAGCACUCACCGGCUACAGACUAGCCAAGUAUACGCUAGAAGCACUCCAAGGGUUAAUUCCAAUCAAAAAACAAGUCAUUUGGAUCGAUUCUCAGAUCGUCCUACAUUGGAUUACAAGCGAUAAGAAACUUCCUGUGUUUGUUCAGAAUCGUGUGAAUGAGCUGAGGAAAUUCCCAGGUGAAUUUCGCUAUGUGCAAUCAAAAGAUAACCCCGCUGACCUCCUAACUCGAGGCAUCACUGCACAGGAACUGCGCGACUCCCCACUGUGGUGGACAGGCCCCAGCUGGUUGAGUACCGGGAUGUACCCACCCACGCCAACAAAACUUCUUCAUAAUGUACUCUUACAGCAAGCCGCCACUACUGAUGACGUACCAGACCAGGUACGAGACGACACUAGCGACCACGCCCCAGAUGUCAGAGACCAGACCCAUCACCCCGCUACAACACCGCUGCAACACCCGGGUAUCGCCAAGGUCAUUGACGUCACACGUUUCAGUUCGUACCGCAAGCUUCUCAGAAUCACCGCACUUGUCCAGAAAAUCGCAAAAGUCUGGAUAACAAAGGAUAAGACCAAUCUCAAGACCCUGAUCCAAGCCACUGCACAGGAAACUUCUGCCGCUGAGACACUGUGGAUUAAAGCCAUACAAACGGACUGCUAUCACAAUGAGAUAGAAAUCCUCAAAGGAAAGACCGCCACAGGACCCCUAGCUGGUCGCAGCAAAACACUUGUCAAUCAACUUCGCCUAUACCUCGAUGAGUCAGGCCUGAUUCGACUAGAUGGCCGACUCAACAAUGCCAGAAUCAACCUCGACACCAAGUUCCCGUAUCUGGUACCACGGAAGCAUCCAUUCACCGACCUUCUCAUAGGCAGGGCCCAUGCCGCCCAAUUACACUCGGGAAUGCGAUCUACCGUGGCAUGGCUCCGCCAGCGAUUUUGGAUUCCGAGAAUCCGGGAAGCCGUCAACUCACAACUCCGACGAUGCGUCACCUGCAAGCUGAUUAUUGGAAAGCCCUAUAGCAAACCAGAAACUCCGCCCCUUCAGGCCAGCCGCAUCCAGCAAGCACCCCCUUUCACUGUUUCCGGUUGCGACUUUACCGGUGCACUAAAUGUCAGACCCAAGGAGGGUGGUCCCGAGGCAAAAUUCUACCUUGCCCUAUUCACCUGUGCCAUAACAAGAGCGGUGCACCUUGAAGUUGUUCCCGAUAUGACGUCACAGACCUUUCUGAAUGCCUUUCGACGAUUCUGUGCCCGCCGCUCCACUCCUUCACAAAUGAUUUCUGACAAUGGCACAACUUUCAUCGCCGCCGCCAAUGAGAUUAAGCAGCUAAUGCAAUCACCGGACAUCCAGGCCCACAUGGCCGACCAACGCUGCACUUGGACCUUCAACCCCAAACGCGCGCCGUGGUGGGGAGGGUUCUUUGAGCGCAUGAUUGGAAUGACGAAGAUGGCCAUCAUUAAAACUCUAAGAAGAGCGCGAGUAACACUGGAUGAACUGACAACCCUUGUCACCCAAGUAGAAGGCAUACUAAAUGACCGACCCCUCACGUACAUUGGUGACAUGGACAUCACUGCCCCUCUGACGCCAGCACACCUUCUCCACGGGAGACAGAUAACAGGACUUCCGUACGAAGCUACCGACUUGGAUGAACUUGCUGAUCCGAACUUUGGAGAUAGUCUUAACAAACGCGCUAAACGACUGGCGGUACUGAUUGAUCACUUUUGGCAACAGUGGUCAUCGGAAUAUAUCCCUUCGUUAAGGGAGAGACAUAUUCGAUCGAAGCGCGGCCAUCGCGAAACCCGCGUAAAAGUUGGUGAAAUCGUCCUAGUCCACAGUGAUGAAACCAAAAGGGUCAAUUGGAAGAUCGCUAAAAUUGAACGCCUGAUCUAUGGUCAAGAUGGUAUCGCACGUGCCGCACAAAAUAAAACAUCAUCGGGAGUGACUAACCGCCCAAUAGCGCGCCUUUAUCCUCUUGAAGUCACUGCCGCUGAAACUGCGCCGAUCGCUGCCCAGGUUCACGAGAAACACAAUGAAGCCCAGCAAAACACAACGCAACAGGCACCUGUAAACAACAGGCCACCAACACGCAAUGCUAGCAAGAACGCCAGAAAUAAGAUAAUGCAAUGGGCAAACGUACUUAAUGGCAAAGACGAUUAA